AUGGCCCCCGCGAAAGUUUUGUAUAAAUCACGAUAUUUUGUUGAAAUAGCGCGCGAGUACGAGCGGCACCGUGUACCUUCGGGUACGUUCGGGGGCGGUCGUAAAUUUGUGCGCUCGAACAGCGGGCGAGUUGGCCCGAGCGCUACAUUCCCCCGCGGCGGCGGCGUCGGCAUUAUCAGAUGCGCGGGCGCACGUGACGGCAUCCCGCCCCGCCCCCCGUCCCCCCUAACACCUUCUAAGAAAAGGGGACAUCGUCUCGGCAUCGGGCGCGCGCCUCCACGUUCCGCUGCCACAGCACGCCGGCCAGCAACGCCGCGCCGGCCGCGGAAUGGGACGCGCGUGAGCCGUUCCGCGGUUUAUCUCGGCCAGAUGCCAGCCUCCCCCGACCGGGCGCGGAUCGCCCCGCUACGUGACGGACGGCUUAAUGGCCCAGCAAUCGGUAUGCACGCGGGCUGCGGGGCGGCGACGCCUCGCUGCGCUUUGAAUAAUUUGCGCGGACGGCGGCAGGCGCCGCGUGGCGAAUGUCGCGGACGACCCUUGGCGAUAGCAUCGCCGCGCGCGGACGCCGCCGAUCUAGAUCGCGGCGGCCGCGCACAAAAGACAUGUCCCCGACGGAUAAAGUCUUCGCGGGCGACAUGCCCGCGCGAGGUAUGCCUU